AUGCAUUUCCUUCUUCCUUUCUUUCUAUUUUUCUUUCUAUUUAGCUCUAUGCAUUUCCUUCUUUCUUUCUUUCUAUUUUUCUUUCUAAUUAGCUCUAUGCAUUUCCUUCUUCCUUUCUUUCUAUUUCUCUUUCUAUUUUGCUCUAUGCAUUUCCUUCUUCCUUUCUUUCUAUUUUUCUUUCUAUUUUGUUCUAUGCAUUUCCUUCUUUCUUUCUAUUUUUCUUUCUAUUUUGCUCUAUGCAUUUCCUUGUUUCUUUCUUUCUAUUUUUCUUUCUAUUUAGCUCUAUGCAUUUCCUUUUUGUUCUAUGAAUUUCCUUCUUUCUUUCUUUCUAUUUUUCUUUCUAUUUUGUUCUAUGAAUUUCCUUCUUCCUUUCUUUCUAUUUCUCUUUCUAUUUUGCUCUAUGCAUUUCCUUCUUCCUUUCUUUCUAUUUUCUCUCUAUUUUGCUCUAUGCAUUUCCUUCUUCCUUUCUUUCUAUUUUCUUUCUAUUUUGUUCUAUGCAUUUCCUUCUUUCUUUGUUUCUUUCUAUUUUUCUUUCUAUUUAGCUCUAUGCAUUUCCUUCUUUCUUUCUUUCUAUUUUUCUUUCUAUUUAGCUCUAUACAUUUCCUUCUUCCUUUCUUUCUAUUUCUCUUUCUAUUUUGCUCUAUGCAUUUCCUUCUUCCUUUCUUUCUAUUUUUCUUUCUAUUUUGCUCUAUGCAUUUCCUUCUUCCUUUCUUUCUAUUUUUCUUUCUAUUUGCUCUAUGCAUUUCCUUCUUCCUUUCUUUCUAUUUUUCUUUCUAUUUAGCUCUAUGCAUUUCCUUCUUUCUUUCUUUCUAUUUUUCUUUCUAUGUAGCUCUAUGCAUUUCCUUCUUCCUUUCUUUCUAUUUCUCUUUCUAA